CGCCCGAGUCACAUGACGCCAACGUGCCACAUUGACGGGUGCUCGCAGCCUGCAAUUGCCAACACGAUGCGGUGCCGCCACCAUCGCCACCGUGGGCGCUGCAUCGUCGACAACUGCAGCAACCAGGUGUACGCGCGCAACUUGUGCUGCCGCCACGGCGCCAAGAAACAGUGCCAGUUUGAAGGGUGCACGCUGCGGGCCCGCCUUGGCAACGUGUGCUACAAACACGGCGCCGACAAAAAACAGUGCAACGAACCGGGAUGCACACAACCUGCCCAAGCCCGUCACAAGUGUGUCAAGCAUGGCGGCGGUCGAAAAUGCAAAGCCACGGACUGCGUCGCCCACGCGCGGGCCGGAGGGUACUGCCAACGCCACCGCGCCGCCUUGGCACCGAAACCUAUCAAGCAAAACAUCAACAUGGGCGAGCUGUGGGGCGACCACCACCACCCUCGCCACGACUCGAUCGACUCGUCCGACGACGUAUCUGAAAUUGGCACGGUCUUGAAGCAAGACCAAGCGCUCAUGGUGCACCUCGACGGGUUUGACUUUUCCCUUGGCGCAGACGAGGUGGACAUGCCCGUCGAUCCGUUUCACAUUGAAGACAAGUCGAUGUUACACGACAUUCUGUGCAUCCUGGACCGCCUGUGACCAUUUCCCGUCGCCGUGAAUAGAUAGACCGUGUAGCCAACUCCGAAUGUGUUGUUGUAUUUGCCAAGAAACGUGUGGUGUGCUUAUGUACGUCUUGCCCUCC